AGCAAAUUUAACAGGAGAGAAAACAAGAUCCAAUUUUUCUGACAUCUAGAAAAAUGUCUUCGGUUAGUCCUGAAAAUAGUGGUUUAAAGAUAGGAGACAUGGAAUAUAAAAGUGGAAUGCGAAAAAGAACGAAUAUUUCAAUAAUUCUUGGAGUUUUUUUGGCAGUGGCACUCACAGCUUUCAUAACGAUUUUAGUCAUAUACCUGAAAGGUCAAUAUAUAAAAGAAUUGGGGAAUGUCUGCAAUGAAGGCAUUAUUGAACGAUUUGCAGUGGCCAUCGACGCUAUCGGAUUUCUUUGCGAAACACGAGAUACCGCUGAACAAGCGAAUUGUCUGAGAUGUGCACGAAUUCUAGAUGACAGGGCACAAUGUGAGGCUGAAUCGUCUGGUUUGAGCCCUCUAUGUACAUUUGACACAACGAGGAGAUUGUGUAUAAGAUUAUAAGAGGUGUACACUUCAGGCGUAUACCCAGGAUGAGAUUCAUUUUACCUGGUAAAAAAGGAAUAAAGAU